CUUGGUGUAAUAGUUUUUAUUUUAGUUUUUAAGUUUAAAAAUUAUUAAUGCCGGUGUCAAAUUUAUAUACAAAUAGUACACUACAACAUUAGCACUUAAAUUGGCUUGGCAGGCAUUCUCAAGAAAGUGAUUUAUUACGAAAAACAAUAGCAAACGUUUUCACUACAGGCGCCUUCAAGCACGAGUAGAAUAGCGCCAAAGUAUACUGUUGCAACUACCUCCUCGUCCUUUACACACCUACACAAACCGAAAUGGGACGUAGUCCAUCUCCAUCGCAUCGGCGACGUGAAAAAGAGCGUUCUGAACGUAAAAAGCGUCGUGAACGGCGCUCCAGAGAACGUGAAAGGCAACGGGAACGCGAAACGGGAGCUGGCGGUAGCCGUGCUUUGCGUAGACGUUCUCAAGACAGAGGAGGAGGUGGUGGAGGGGAUCGUGACCGGACCCGCAGCCGCAGUCAUGAACGAGACAGAGCAAGUCGACGCCGUUCUAGGUGAAUAAUGAAGUGUAGUGUAUUAACCCAAGACAGAAACGUCACAGAACUAAGUAUAACAUUUUUCUAUUUGCCUUAUUUAUAGUAAAUAAGUGUAUUUAUAUUUUCGCAAUAUUGAUGUUUUUCGUGAAAUAGUAAAUAUAUUUCAAAUGUCGACCCAAAUGCAACCCUAAGGUUAACAUUUCCCUCGCUUUUUUCGUACCGCAUUUUUAUGUCAAUUUUGACAUUCCAACAUAAUUCUUUGACAUUACCACGUGAAGUGAAAUACUUAACGAAAUUUUCCGAAGAUAUCAAAGGAUUUCAUCACAAAAUUUAAUUAUAUAGUUUAUAAACUCAUUUACCAUUGGCAAACUUCAUUAUUACUGAGUCAAUACUAAAUCCGUAAAGUAGCAGUUCAAGUGAAAAAGAGUGAAAUUGAAUAGAAAAUAAGCAAAAUGGCAUUACGCGUACAAUUUGAGAACAACGAUGACAUCGGUGUUUUUAGCAAACUAACAAACGCAUAUUGCCUAGUAGCUGUUGGCGGCUCUGAGGCUUUUUACAGUGUGUACGAAGGUGAAUUGGCCGAGACCAUACCUGUUGUGCAUGCCAGCAUUGGUGGCUGCCGUAUUAUUGGUCGCCUCACAGUAGGUAACCGUAAUGGUUUACUUGUACCACAUUCUACUACAGAUGUUGAACUACAACAUCUGCGUAACACAUUACCCGAUUCAGUGAAAAUACAGCGCGUGGAAGAACGUCUUUCAGCAUUGGGAAAUGUGAUCGCAUGCAAUGACUACGUUGCUCUGGUGCAUCCCGAUCUUGACAAAGAAACCGAAGAAAUUAUCGGUGAUGUAUUGAAAGUGGAAGUGUUCAGGCAAACCAUAGCCGAAACUCCGCUUGUGGGUUCAUAUGCAGUGCUAAGUAAUCUGGGUGGCAUGGUACAUCCAAAAACCAGUAUACAAGAUCAAGAUGAAUUAUCAUCACUGUUGCAAGUGCCAUUAGUUGCAGGCACAGUAAAUCGUGGCAGUGAUGUACUGGCAGCCGGUAUGGUUGUAAACGACUGGUUGUCAUUUGUGGGCAUGAGUUCAACUGCCACAGAAAUGUUCGUGAUCGAACGUGCGUUCAAAUUGAAUCAAUCAGGUCCUGCCGUAUUAGGACGAGCGAAAGAACGUGCUGCACUUAUUGAAGGGAUGUCUUAAAUGCUGUGUGCUGGAGAUCUUCCGAAAUAAUAUUGAUUAUAACACUUUUUGUAAUAAAAAUAUAUACGAAAUAAAUUUAUCGUUAGUACAUAAUAUUAA